AUGGACGUCGCGGUCAUGUCGCGUCAGGUUCAAGACGCGUGGAAGUCAUGGGAUGCCGCGGUGGCGGGCGCGACGUUCAAAGCGCUGAAGUUCAUCAACUGGGAGGUGCACCCGAUAAGCCCGGUCACGAAGCACUGGUUCGCGGUCGCGUCCCCGACGGUGCUCCUCACGAGCCUCGCGUUUUACUUCUUCGUCGUCGCGACCGGGUUCAAGGUUCUCAAAAACGUGAAGAAGGAUGCGAACGCGAAGGACGGGCUCGUCCUCCGCGGCGUGGUGAUCUUCCACAACGUCUUCCUCGUGACCCUGUCCCUGUACAUGUGCGGCGGGUGCAUAUUAGAGGCGUACAAGAACGGAUACAGAGUCUGGGGGAACGCGUACGACCCGAAGGAGACGGCUCUCGCGCACUACGUCUGGGUCUUUUACGUGUCGAAAAUAUACGAAUUUCUCGACACGUUCAUCAUGAUCGCGAAGAACAACCUGAAGCAAGUCAGCUUCCUUCACGUGUACCACCACGCGACCAUCUCGUUCGUGUGGUGGAUGAUCGCGCACCGCGCCCCCGGCGGGGACGCGUACUUCUCCGCGGCGCUCAACUCCUGGGUGCACGUGUGCAUGUACACGUACUACCUCAUGGCCGUCCUCGUGGGGAAGGACCAGCGGAAGCGGAAGAAGUACCUGUGGUGGGGUCGGUACCUGACGCAGAUGCAGAUGUUUCAGUUCGCGUUGAACCUCGCGCAGUCCGUGUACACGACGCUGUACUCGCCGUACCCGAAGUUCAUCUCGCAGAUCUUGUUCGUGUACAUGAUAUCCCUGCUCGGGCUGUUCGGGCACUUUUAUUACAGCAAGCACGUGUCGCCCAAGGCGAAGGCGACCGCGGCGGCGGCGACCGCGGACGGCGCCGCGAAAAAGGUGGAGUGA